CGUCAUAAAGCAAGACGCUAUCUUGUACAGUGCGGUUAGUUGUAAAAUCAUCUAGGCAUAAAUAUGAAUGUUUUGAAAUUUUUUCGAAAAACCUUUGGGAAAAGAAGGCGUAAUAGUGUUGAAUGUGAAGCAGUGUUGUCAGACUAUGACAAGAUUUCACAUUCUGCGCGAGAGAUGAGAAAAAACAACAAUGAUAUACACUGCGUGUAUCAGUCGAUACAAGAAGACAUGAUUACGGAUAUCGGAGAGCAACUACAACACUCGGAGGAAUUGAUGAAUGAAGUGGCAAAAAGUUUGACAGAUAUGGAAAAAAUGGCUGAGAGAGCCUGUGAAAUUCUUCGCGCGGAGAAGGAAAAGUUUCAACAGAAGCAGGAGACGCUGGCGAAGCUGAAAGAAGAUGUCGAGGACUCUAAAUACCGCCUGUCCUGUUUGAGGGGGUCUGCACUGGAACAGCACGCGGAGUCAACCGAGAGUGGGAGUGCUGCGAGCUUAGGGUCCUUUGUGCGCGAGGAACGAGAAGAACUGGAACAUCGGCUUUCUUCCGCCAAAAUGGCUGUACAUAACUACACGGAACGGAAUUUAGAAGAUGAGGUGGUGAUUGAGAGUGUACAGCUCUUCAGAGAGAAACUACAACAGGACCACGACCUCCAUGUACGUCAUCUCCAGAACGAGUGUGUCAAUCUGGAGAAAAAGAACACACUGCUGAAGUUCCGGGAAAAGCAUUUUCAGACAAAUGAAGGGAAAACUGAACUGCUGACUUUCUUCAGAGUACCGAAAGAAGAACAGGAAGCCACCAAGAAGAGAUUCGCCUCACUUAAAAAAAGGAAAGAGGCAUUGCUUGAAAAAGUUCAAGGACAGAGACGGAGAAAACUUGCUUUAGCGGAAUAUAAUUCCCAUUUGGAGAAGACCAUUGAAAAGAAAAAGCAUGGGGCCAUGUUAAGCUGAAGCUGGCAGCCAAUCAACAGCGGCUGGUACCGGAUACAGCGUAUAACCGCAGUCCUUCAAGAAUUUGCCAUUUUGAACGAUAAAUUGCAAUGAAAAUAAAUGUUGUUCAUGAAUAACCGCACAUUAUUAUACUUAUUAUUAGUAAAAACGUGUUGAUUUUUCCAUUCAUUGCCUUGCCUACUCUUUUAGCUAAAUAUCAUAGAGGAUAUUAUUCUAAAUGUAGUAAUUCGGUCAGAUUUUUAAAAAAUUAAAACUAGCAAAUCUAUUCAAUUGACAGGUAAAUCACGUCUGUUUAUUUAAUUGUUGCAAUGGGGGAAAACCCCAACAAAAUGUUUACUUUAAAAGUAAAAUGUGUUUAGCUUUCUUUCCAGAUUGCUUGCAAAUGGAUGCACUUGAGGCCUACCUUAUUAUGAACUAGAUUUGACACAUCUAUGAUGCUGUAAAGAAUCGCAUUUUGAAUUUGUACAUUUUCUGUUUAAUAAAUCGGUUAAUCUA